GAGACGCGAGGAAUAACCUUUGCAGCCUUUCUAAUGAGCUGCCAGCCCGGGAGCGAGGGUCAUGCCACGCCGCCAGGCGCCCGCUCUGCCUGCGAAGCUCCGUCCUAGAAGCGAUGUCCCGUACAGGCCAUGGCAUCGGUGGCAGUGACCUGUGCCAGUGAAGCUGAUUCAACCCCGUUAGAGCUGGGCGAUUACUUACUGGACAAAUUUGGCCCCUUCUGUUUGUGACUUGUCCACAAAACAGCUGGCUUCUCAAAGCAAUUCCUUGCUCAGAACUGCCCGGCUCCCACCAGUAGUGCUUGGUCUGUAACUUGCAAGCAGAUCGUUGUGUGUAUUAGAAAUUGGAGGUGUUUCAAUUGAGUGUAUAGGUCUGAACGCCGACUUUGAGAGUGGCUUGUGCUUCUGAUGUAAAUAGUGGUGAUUACAAUUACCUCGUUUGCUUUCAGAGUGUAUUCUGCAGCAUUUGCUUAGAAAUGUGUUCAGGCUACAAUCUUCAUGGAAGAUAGAGAUGUGCACACAACUAGCAAAAGCUUGUUUUAAAAAAAAAGCUGCUCUAAGUCCCCAUGUAGACAGUGCUAGGUCAAUGGAAGAAUUCUUCUGUUCACCUAGCUACUGCCUCUUGAGGAGGUGGGUUAACAACGCUGUCUGGAGACCUCCUGUCACUGUAAUAAAUGUUUACUCUCAUGUGCUACAGUGGCACAGCUGACCUGGGUAGCAUUUUAAAUGGAGACAUAGCCUAACAUUCUGCCACCUUCCAUUGAGACCACAAGCUCUGAAAGCAUACAUAUCAGGACACCUUACCUCUCACUGGAGAUUUCUUAUUCCAUAGCAACCAAUAAGCAAGUGUGAAAUAUGAGGACAAAUCCUGCCAUUCAAGCUGCCAUCGAUCUCACAGCAGGUGCAGCAGGUGGGACUGCGUGUGUGCUAACCGGCCAGCCCUUUGAUACAGCUAAGGUGAAGAUGCAGACAUUUCCCAGCAUGUAUAAAGGACUCCUUGAAUGUAUUGUGAAGACAUAUAAACAAGUUGGAUUGCGAGGCUUCUAUAAAGGGACCACUCCAGCACUUAUAGCUAACAUAGCAGAAAACUCAGUUCUGUUCAUGUGCUAUGGGUUUUGCCAGCAGAUUGUGAGGCGAGUUGUUGGAGUAGACAGGAAAGCAAAACUGAGUGAUCUGCAGAAUGCAGCUGCAGGCUCUUUUGCUUCUGCAUUUGCUGCCUUGGUCCUAUGUCCCACAGAGCUGGUGAAGUGUCGGUUGCAGACCAUGCAUGAAAUGCAGUUAUCUGGAAAGAUAAUACAAGGACACAACACAGUUUGGUCAGUAGUGAAAAGUGUUAUUCAAAAGGAUGGCCCACUCGGGUUCUACCAUGGUCUGUCAAGCACUUUACUUCGGGAAGUCCCAGGUUAUUUCUUCUUCUUUGGAGGCUAUGAACUGAGUCGGACAUUUUUUGCAGCGGAGAGACCAAAAGAUCAACUAGGGCCUAUUCCUUUGAUGGUGAGUGGUGGUUUUGGAGGCAUCUGCUUGUGGAUUGCUGUUUAUCCUGUGGACUGUGUCAAAUCUAGAAUUCAGGUUCUUUCCAUGUCUGGAAAACAGGCAGGCUUCAUGGGAACUUUCGCAAAUAUUUUGCGAAAUGAAGGAGUAUUUGCCUUGUAUUCUGGACUAAAGCCUACUUUGAUUCGUGCAUUCCCAGCCAAUGGUGCACUCUUCCUUGCCUACGAGUACAGUCGCAAGAUGAUGAUGGAACAGGUUGACAUGUACUGACAUCUUCCAGCGGCAGGUUUAGGCCAACCUUUUUAAAAAGAACUGUAAGACUUGAAUGGGUACAAAAUAAAUAGCAUGACAUCAGAGGAACUCAAUUUAGGAUUUUAAAAAAAUCUUUUUAAAGUAAAUGGGUUUUGUAAACUUUGUGGUUUUUACAGGUUUUUUUUAAGGGAGGAUGGAGACAUGUUAACGUUCUUUCCACCUAUUGUGCUGCUCAAAAGAUUUAAUUAUGUUGCCCUGAUGGAAGCGGUACUCAGUGUAAAGGGUAGUGAUCUUAGAGUUAAUCUCAAAUUUUAAAAAUCUAGUUCUGGAACAGCCAUGGUAUAAGAAAUCUGAAUUUCCCUUUUUCAUGGUUAGCAAACACAACUGGCUCAAGGCCACAUGGCACUGGUGCAUUAGUAAAGUCGUGCUACUCUUCUUAUCAUCAAUUUUAGGGCUUGUCUACACAGGGAGUGACUCUUGAAUAGUUUCAUCUGUGGAUGCUCUUAUUCUGGAAUAAAUCUCAUUCCAAAUUAUUUUAAUCCACUUUAGACAGCCUAUCAGGAAUAGUUAAUCUGCUAUAAAUUCAUACCGUAUGUUAUUUUGGAUUCACUUUCAUGUGUAUGUGAGCCCUUGGAAAGAGUAUUCAAUGGAAACAGCAAGCUUCUUGCAUUUUAUAGCUGUUUCACCUCUUUGUAAGAGAUUGUUCAAAUACUUCAAAAAACAGUAGUCUAAUACAAGGGAAGGUAGAAGAGGGAGGUUAAGUUUCCUAAAGUAUUUAGUUUAAGCAAUGCAUGGCUAGUACUUGCACUAUUUUAAUGUGUUAAAGUUGUACAAAUUUGCCAUCAAUAGUUUCGCCAAUAAUGUGAAAACAUUAAAGUAACUGGAGCAGAAUGAGUCUUGCAAUCCUAAUACCUCAUUUCUCUCUUCCCCCACCUCUGCCUUCUUCCCUGCCCCCCCCCCCCCCCAAAAAAACCAAAAAACUUUCCUUUCUGUUUUAACUGCUGUCUCGAGGUAGCCUCCCUUCUAUAGGUUUGCAAGCACAGUAUGUCUGGUACUAGCUACCAUCUUUGGUGCUUUUAGGAAAGGAUCUACUUGUAGAUGAAUCACUAUU